AUGACGCAAAGCUGUCUUAUAGUGACAAAUUUUUCUCGGCCAACUUCCGCACAAUCCGGCACAUCGCUUGGCUCAAAGAUUCGAUUCUCGUUCGAUUCGCUGCUUUCACGUCCUGAUCAUCCGGAACUCAUGCUCGGACGUCGUAGCAGCUGCUUACAACACGAAGAAUUCCUACGAGCACGUAAACCGCCACAAACAUGGCUAGGAAAGGCAAAAUACUAUUAUGAUAAGUAUAACUGUCGUUACUUUGCUCCAUUUCUCCUACUCUUCUUCUACUCUUUACUGGGCGCAUGGGUAUUCUACAUUGUAGAAAACGAGAAUGAAAAGGAAAUGAAAAUAAAAGAGGAAUGGGAUUUGAAUUGGUUGCGGAAUCACACUUUCAAUAAAAUUGUUGGAGUUUUUCAAGCAAGAAGAAGAAUUGAGAGAGCUUCGAAAUCCAGAGAUGUUCUAUUAUGGUAUGAGAAAGAGCUUCAAAGGGUGAAACUUCCAGAAGCCCUGGAAUGGGAUAUGUGGGGAGCAUUAUUCUAUGUGGGAACAAUUUUUACAACUAUAGGAUACGGGAAUAUUUUCCCACGAACAAUUACUGGACGUGCGCUGUCGGUGGUGUACGCCAUUAUAGGUAUUCCCCUUGUGCUGGCGAUUCUCUCGCGAUUCGGUCAAUUUCUGGAGCAUACGAUCACUCGUGCAUGGCUUCGACAUCGUGAACGAAUUAAAAAGACUCCUCAAAUGCUUCGAUCAUCAACGAGGACUAAAUCAGGGAAAUCGCCUGAAGAGCUUGAGGAAGGGAAGCUUAAAUCACCAACAUCUUCGGAAUUCCUCGAAGAGCACCUGAUAGAAGAUUCGAGGACCAUUCCCAUUUGGUUGGCGUUGUUAUUCUGUCUUAGUUGGAUAUGCGCUUGUGCCGCUCUGUUUCUAAUCUGGGAGAAACGAUGGACAUUUUUCACAAGCCUUUACUUCUUUUUCAUCUCAUUAUCGACUAUUGGUUUAGGUGACGUCGUUCCUGAUCACCCGCAUAUGUUGAUCCUCAUGUUCUGGUUGGUGAUUAUCGGACUAUCGAUCGUUUCAAUGUUGCUUACCGUAAUACAAAUCAAAUUCGAAGAAUGUCUCUAUAAUUUGAUGAUCAGAAUACAGGAAGAGUACCAUAGAAAUCUUGCUAACGGGACCCCGUUCGAUCAUGCUGAGAUCUGUAAAAAAGCUAUGGAACGUCAACCGUUGUUCAUGAAACUUUUCGGUCCAGAUAUGAUGUCCGAUGAUCAGAAGGAAAAAAUCGAAGAGAAGGUGGAACAAUUCGAAAGGGUUGUACGGAUUACGAACAACAAAAAUGUCCAAACUGAUACGCCCUUAGCGUCCGUGAUCGGCACUCAAAUGGAGAACGUUGCGAAUAGCAUAGCAUGUGACCCAAUGUCGGAAUCUGAUCGUGUUCUCAUGGCGAACGGCGAAACUCAAUGGUCAAGGCAAUUUCAAUCAACAGCGUGUGAGGAGCCAAAUUCGGAGGCUGAUGAUCAUGACUCGAUGUCAGACGCUACCAGUCUUCCUAUGGAUUCGACCAGUUAUUCUGCUCGUAAAUACACGGAUAGAAGUCAGAAAAAAGUCGCAUUCUGCACAACGUGCGCAAAUCGUGAGAACUCGACGAGGAGUGUCGCCCCUAAGGAGCCUAUAAAUACCGUAGACGAACCGGUACAAACAGAUAUUGCACAGUUUCAAAUCGAUGAGAUCGUAUUAAGAUUGGCGGCAUUACAGUCGAACCGCGUUCGUCCCGAUGUUGUCGAUCGAGGCAGUACGGCACCACGCUUUCGUAUGGGACGACGUGCGAAGAAACGAAGUCAACCGGAAAGUGUCGAAGAGAAAAGUGUCAAAGAUAUGACUGACAAUGAAAUCCUUAACACAAUGUUGCAAGUAAUGCAGCAGUCAUUGGAAACCGAUGCAUCACCGCCAAAGUCAACAAAGGAACUAGGUGUGAAUACGGUACCAAAUUCCGUAUCCUCUUGUGGAGUUUCGACGUAUCCGAUUUCGAGACGAACACAGUCCAUAGAGACAGACCCACACGAUGUCACAAACAGAAGUGUUGCUACAGAUAAUGCUAUACUUCUCGAUAAAAGUAUGGAAACUUCUAGAAGUGAACGAGAUCCCACGAAUAUGUCCUGGGAUGAAAAAAGACGUCAUGACAUGAUGACGUCACCAAUCAUCCGACGUCUUAUGAUGAAAACCUCUGCUAUCGGUUCAGACUCCUCUUACGAUGCGGACGAUCGCUCACAGCAAACAUCCAUAGCUAUCGAUCCGCCUCGAAAAGGCAGUGAUCGAUCGCAACAAACAUCGUUGAUGAUCGAUCGACCAUGUCCGGACGUUGAUCGUUCGCUACAAACGUCACCUAGUGUCGAAAAACAACAGAGCGAUCGAUCAAUCCAAUCCGCUCCUGACUGUAUGGAUCGGAUGACGUCACCGAUCCUAAGAGAAUCAUUCAAUCGAUCAUUCCAAACACCUCCCGAUGAGGUGACGAAUCGAUCGCAACAAACUUCUCUCGAUAUGCUGGACAAAACGCAAGAGACGAGUCGAGCGGAGUUAGUAUCGCAAUGUGUUGGAACGGAUCCAGAACCUGGUGGUUACAAUCCGAUCACGGAUUGGCCACGUAAUAGUGUCAGUAUGUAUGAGGGACGAAUGACGGAUAGUAUGGAAACAAGCACACAAUAUUCGCCUCCAAUGUCACGGUCCGUAACUGCACAACAGACGGAUACAGACUACUUAACAGUGCCAGGUAUGAGAACACGUUCCAGUUCAACAUGUGGAUUAGGUACCAGCAUUCAUGAUGAUGAGAGUCGUCAAGAGGUUAUCAUCCAAACCGAUGACUCGUAUCUAAAAAUUGCUCGUCGUCUGGAUGAGUAUCGUUCGAAUCGAACACAGUUUCUGCCGGUCGUUGCCGCAUCGCCGCUCGGCUCACGUGACAUUGAACCGUUUAAAACUGAUCGUCCAUCGGAAAGACGAGGAUUUUAUGUUGAUAUGAAGGAUUUGCUGCAAAGGCGGAGAUCGUCGAAGGCGCGACGGAGGAUGAGCCAUAAAAUCAACAAUGCUGAAGCACAAACCGGUUCAUCUAUGGAUAAAGCCCAACUGGAGCCCAUAAUAUCAGGUCAUCACGAGAGAAGUCGCUCGAUCUCGCCCGAGACUCCGCCUCGCCCACGCCGUGUGCUCGCACGCGUCGCUUCACUUCCCGCCGGCGUCGCACGCGGCAAGGUCGGUGAAUUUGUGGCGAAACACGAACGUGGCAUUCCGAAUCCGGCUGUGGGACGUGACCGCCCCGUUCGCAUCGUACGACAAUAUGCGAUGGUCGAUAAAGGCACCUGA